AUGAAGGCCGCAACACCUUUGAAUACUUUCUUCGCCGCCGCGCUGGUAGCUCCCAGCUUCCACGACGGCUUUCUCGCGGCGCGAUCGACCGAGAAGACUAGCAUCAAUUGGUCCGGGGCCGUGGUGCAAGGCCAGAAUAUCUCCGGGGUGACGGCGACGUUCCCCGUUCUGGACACCAAGAUACCGAAGGUCAACGAGACGGGCAAACAUGCGUAUCAAGGCAUGACGUGGAUAGGCAUUGAGUAUCCGGACCCGCCGGUAUUUGUCGACGUUGGCGAUAUCUCAGCUGGAGAUAUUAUCAAAGUAGCGCUCGACGCACCCAGUCGCACACAGGCCUCCCCAUUGUGUAUGUCUAGCGCCGAGUGGAUUGUCGAGCGUGCCUACUCGCUGUCCGGAUUGGUUGGUCUUAUCGAUUUUGGUACGGAGGCUAUAAGUGACAUUACGUAUACAGCUGGAGGUGAACUUCACACCUCGAUUCCUGACGACGUCACGAUCGUCAACAUCAUCAACGACGAAGAUAAUAAUGUACAGCAAACUUCGACGGAAGUAUCAGGAAACACUGUCAAGGUUACUUAUCUUGGUAGUUGA